AUGACUGUAGUCGAAGCUGUAAAGUCAGCAAUUGGACUUUCUGGUGCUCCAUCUACCACCGCAACUCGAGAACAAAUGAGCGAAGCCCGAUUACCUAUUGCAUAUCGUGAUGGAUGUGCUGGUCUAUUGAUUCCGCUCAAUCGUUGUCGGCAGGAGGAGUAUUAUCUUCCAUGGAAGUGUGAGCAAGAAAGACAUUCCUACGAAAAAUGCCAAUACGAGGAAUUCAAGAAGAGAGUUGCGAAGAUGGACGAAUUGAGAGAGGCAAAAGUGUUAGCAUUACAUUACAUUGCAUUGCAUUGGCUUAGCUCAACUCUAUUAUAUUUGGCUAGUUAA